CCGAGGUGGCCGGAGGAGGGAGAGGGCGGGGGGGCUCCCUGUUGCCCUGGUUACGCCGAGGCACGUGUGCAGUCCCGGAAGCGGCUCCGGGAAACUGCCCAGCGCGCGCAACCGGAGGAAUCGCCGCCGGGUCCAUUGGGGUCGGGUCCGGCUGGGCCAUGGAUCCGUUGCCUGAGCCCGCGCCCCGGCCUGGGCCCCGCUGUCUUCUGCUUCUCUCCCUGCUACUGUUGCUGCUGCUGCUACUGCCGGCCCCAGAGCUGGGCCCCGGCCAGGCGCACGCAGAGGAGACUGACUGGGUUCGACUCCCCAGCAAAUGCGAAGUGUGUAAAUACGUCGCCGUGGAGCUGAAGUCAGCUUUUGAGGAGACUGGCAAGACCAAAGAGGUGAUUGACACAGGCUAUGGCAUCCUGGAUCGGAAGGCUUCCGGAGUCAAGUACACCAAGUCGGACUUGCGGUUAAUCGAAGUCACUGAGACCAUCUGCAAGAGGCUCCUGGACUAUAGCCUGCACAAGGAGAGGACUGGCAGCAACCGGUUUGCCAAGGGCAUGUCGGAGACCUUUGAGACACUGCACAACCUGGUCCACAAAGGGGUCAAGGUGGUGAUGGAUAUCCCCUAUGAGCUGUGGAACGAGACCUCUGCAGAGGUGGCUGACCUCAAGAAGCAGUGCGACGUGCUGGUGGAAGAGUUUGAGGAGGUGAUCGAGGACUGGUACCGGCACCACCAGGAGGAAGACCUGACUCAGUUCCUCUGCGCCAAUCACGUGCUGAAGGGCAAGGACACCAGUUGCCUGGCAGAGCAGUGGUCCGGCAAGAAGGGGGACACAGCUGCCCUGGGAGGGAAGAAGUCUAAAAAGAAGAGCAGCAGGGUCAAGGCAUCAGGCGGCGGCAGCAAACAGAGGAAGGAGCUAGGUGGCCUGGAGGAAGACCCCAGCCCCGAUGAGGAUGAGGGCAUCCAGAAGGCAUCCCCUCUCACACACAGCCCCCCGGAUGAGCUUUGAGGCUAACCCAGUGCUCCCUGUACCGAGACCCCUGACCUGAAGCUGAGGAAUCUGGGACCCCGCUCUGGCCGGCAGACAGCUGUCCCGCUCCAGGUGCGCCCUGCCGGCUUUGCCAGCAGGAAAGGCACGGUGCGGGGAAGACCUCGCCUCCUGCCUCCGCCCAGCGGCUCUCCUGACCCCGGCUUCCGGCGGGCCGUGCGAUUUCCCGCCUGCUGAGGACUCUGGUGUGAACUCAGCAGGGGCAGGUGUGGGGCCCAUGGGGAGGGCACCCCGGCCUUCACCUCCCCUCACUCCUCCCCAGCGGGGAAGCAAGACUACAGGCCAUCCCACCCCCGCUUACCCCCUCCUGUGGACACCUGGCACUCUGCCCGGCCCUCCCUAGGGCUCACAGAGUAAAAACCUUUUGGCCUUUUUUGUUCCAAUUUUUGAGUCCCCUCCAGCUCCUCAGGAGGCCUGGAGCCCCUGUUGCUCUUCCUUGCCCCUCACCUUCCAGCCUUGGGGGCCGAGGAUGAAGAGGCAGCUCCCAUCCUCCCAUUACUGAGGCUGGCCUGCCGGCUCUGGGGAACGGCAGGUGCAGGGCGGGCCCGGGUUGUUUUGGGGUGACACCCUGCCCCUCAGCUGCCUUUGGACUCCCUGAGCUCCCCAGGCCAGGAGGGGCCUCACUUGUGCCCUGGGCACCUGGCUGCCCUCUAUUCUCUCUUCUCUCCCCGAAGGCCUUCCCAUUUGUUGUGUAAACUGUUUACUGAUGAACUCACCUGAUUCUACCCCUCCUUCCCAUCUCCAUCUGCCCUACUUGUUGGUCUUGAACCUUGUUCCCUGAUGACCACAAAUUACUGCUGUGCUCUUUCUAAUUGUUGUGCCCGGAGGGGAGGACACCCCACUCCCCCAACAGCCAGUUACACCACAUUCUCUGGGAGCAGGGGACGAACAGGAAGCGUGGCCUCUAGGGAGAAGUUGUGGGAGGCCCAGGCACCUCCCCACUCUGUCCCGAGGGCAGGGGUCAGGGUGCUCAGUAGCAGUAGUAAUGACAACUGCACACACUCGCGGUGCUUUAACUCGAACCCUUACAACUCCCGUGGGGGUGCCAUUAGCCUCAUUUUGUAGAAGACAAAACUGAGGCUCAAAUGAAGUGACACAGCCGAAGUCCUGCUGUUAGUAAGUGUCCAGGGGCACUCAGACUCUGGAUUCAGACUCUGGGUCCGUUGUGUUUCCACCACCCCAUGGCUGCCACCUUCUUUCCCCGACACCUGGCACUGGCAGCGUUAUCCACAUUGAAUUGGUUUGGUUUCUUAGCCAUAACUCCACCCCUACCAGCAAACCUCUUUUACAAGUAAAGGAGGAAGCAGCUAUGGCUUCUCGGAAGGAGACAAUGGCAGGAGGUCCUGCCAGCGCCAGGCCCCCACCCCAGCCUCACAGACCCCUUAGUGCUCCUGACCUGGGCCUGGUGGGCAGGGCGGGGAUGCAAUACUGGAGCGCCCCAGACUCCAGCUCCAGGGUCCGAACUAACUGAGGGUGAGGGGCCCCCUUGCAGCCUGGGCUCAGGCCUUCUCCCUUGAGGUGGGACAGCCAAGGCCAGAGAGGGUGGAGCAAACCGAAAGCUUUUUUCCUCCAGUUGGUGAGACUUCCAAAAGGUCCUUGGAGGAUGAUACUUUUUCGGUUUAGUCCCCCUGCCCCCACCCAUCUCUAGGACUGGUGCUGCCCCCUGUUGAAGGCACUGUGGGCAGUGAGAUUCCAGUCGAGACUCAGGUCCCGCCCUGGGCUCUGGGGGCUGGAGCUCAGGGCUGGGGAACCAUUUGCAGCCCCCUGGACUGUCUAGGAUUUCAUGGCUAUUCUCUGAUAACCCCAUUCUGUCACUGACCCAGAGUACUUCAGUGCCUGGCUUAUGUCUGUCCCCAGAGCUUCAUUGGUCCUUCAGGUAGGAUGGGACAAAGACCUAUCCCUUUGCUGGGGUGUGGGCCCAGUGGCCCAAUCCAGUCCCGGUCCCAGACCAGAGGGCGGACAGCACUGUGACUGCUUUGCUCUUUGAACUGUGGCUGCUGGGUGAAUAGCCCCUUCCUCCCCCUACCCCCCACGAGGGCCAGGUGUGUUGCGCAUGCACUAGCACUCCACCCACCUAGCCCAGCGGGCAGCUUCCCCCGCACCUCACCCCUGCCCCAGCCCAGCCUAGAAGAGCCAGAGGCAAGAUCCAUCUUCCCAGGUUUUUCUUUUCUUCUCUCCACCACACAUACAGGCCUUCCUGCACCUGAAUAUCACCUCCCACUUGCCCACACCCCUUCUCUCCAUAAGGUAAGGGGACUGGCUGAGCUUGAGUUAACCAGAUUUUAGUCCCUUUAGUAGAAAUCCUGUUAGAACAGGGUUUCUUAAACUCACUUGAACAUGAGUGUCAUAUGGAAUGCCUGUUAGAUGCCUGGGCCCACCUCAGAUUUGCUGGCUUAGGGACCUAGGAGUCUGCUUGUUUAACAAAGCUCUCAUGGUCCUUAAGAUGAGGCCAGCUGGAGCCCACUACAGCAGGAGAAACAGGGUGUUGUGCUAAGAGGGGACAGGACCUCCAUGAAGUCAAUGCCACGGUCUUGUCCUCAGAGACACAACUAGUCAGAACUCCAGAGAGGAUCUGUCUCUGCCAGGAACUUCCAUCGUCCAGAACCACAAAGGCUGAUGGACCAACCAGAAAGCCAGUUUCUUACACAGGCCCUGAUAGUGAAAUCUCAGGGGUUGGGGCUCUAGUCUCAGGGGUGGCUGCACAGGGACUCUAUUCAUUUUAUUUAUUU